AUGGCGCGAGACGAUGAGGACCGCGACGGCGGCACCCGGUCUCGAUCGCGGAGCCGUAGCCCUCCCAAGAAGCGCCGAGCCCAAGAGACGACCGACGAUCUCCCGCAACCAUACAAUGCCAACAGUCUACAUGCGACGAAACGCCGCGCCACGUCACCCUCCGAGCAGCCGCCGCCGCGCAAGCAAAAGCGUCCCGGCGCGCGCGCCCGCAUCUCCGAGGCCGAGCGCGAAGCCAUCCGCCAACGACAGAUCCAGCGUGACCGGGAGGCCGCCGAGGCCGCCGCCGCCGCCGCCGAGCAAAACCACCACCGUGGGCGGGGAAACCACGACGUAGUCCGCCAGCACUACAACAGCGUGCCCGAGCGCGGCCGGCAGUGGCGCACGACGGACAGCAAGAUCAAGGGCCUCCGCGUCUUCAACAACUGGAUCAAGAGCUGCCUCAUCCAGCGCUACUCGCCCGACGAGGACCACGCGCCCGGCUCGCGCGAGUCGGGCCGCACCAGCGGCAAAGAGCUCCUCAUCCUCGACAUUGGCUGCGGAAAGGGCGGCGACCUCAACAAGUGGCAGCAGGCCCCGCAGGCCGUGCAGCUCUACGUCGGGCUGGAUCCCGCCGACGUCAGCAUCGAGCAGGCGCGUGGCCGCUACCGCACCAUGGGUAACCCGCGCGGUGGCGGCCGCGGGGGCGGACGUGGCGGAGGGCAUCACCGUGGUCCGCCCGCCCGCAUGUUUGACGCGCGGUUCCACGUCAAGGACUGCUACGGCGAGAGCAUCGAGGACCUUGAAAUCAUCCAGCAGGUCGGCUUCGAUCCCUCGCCCAUGAACCGCCGCGGCUUCGACGUUGUGAGCAUGAUGUUCUCCAUGCACUACGCCUUUGAGUCGGAGAAGAAUGCCCGCAACAUGCUGCGCAACGUCGCCGGCGCCCUGAAAAAGGGCGGCCGCUUCAUCGGCUGUAUCCCCAACUCGGAUGUCCUAGGCGAGCACGUGCGCGCCUUCAACGCCAAGGCCGCCGAGCGUCGCGCCGCCAAGAAGAAGCCGGCGGAGACGGCCGAGGGUAGCAGCGGUGCUGGCGAUGCUGCUAGUGGCGACCAGGAGCCGGCCGCGGGGGCCGCCGGGGACGCGCCGGAGCCUGAGGACGGCGAGCUGGAAGAGGGCGAGGCCGAGCCGUCGGCGGAAUGGGGCAACUCCAUCUACCGCGUGCGCUUCCCUGGCCCGACACCCGAGGACGGUGUCUUCCGCCCCGCAUUUGGCUGGAAGUACAACUUCUUCCUCGACGAGGCCGUGGAAGAGGUGCCCGAGUACGUGGUGCCCUGGGAGGCGUUUCGCGCCCUCGCCGAGGACUACAACCUCGAAAUGCAGUACCACCGCACCUUUCCCGAGAUUUGGGCCGCCGAAAAGGACGACCCGGAGCUGGGACCCCUGAGCGAGCGCAUGCGCGUCCGCGAGCCCGGCGGUGGACCCUUGCUCGUCAGCGACGACGAGAUGGAGGCGGCGAGCUUCUACAUCGGCUUCUGCUUCUACAAGGUGUAA